GCGUGUGAUACUGGAGAUCUGAAAUCAUUGGAGUAUUACUGAGCUGUUGUGGCAUAUACCUCCCUUUUGCGCAUACAUCCUCCAUUGGUCUCCAUAACGAACUGCUCACUGUUCAGUGCUAUAAAGAUGUGCAGCAAACAGUAUCUUGCUGCCUUUGUUGGCCUGUACGCAGUGUGUGCAGUGCAGCUAUCGCAUUUCUGCUGUCGCUGGGAUGUUCUGUCAUCUUCUUCUUUUCGUGUAGGUGUGGUAAAGGGGUUUGUGUUAUAUUCCAGGACCAGUUCACUAAGCCGUCUAUUACAUGCGGCCCCGAUUCAUUCCAUGGACUGGUCCUAACGGCGGACCUAUUGACCCUGGCUGAUUUGAUUCGACUGCCUGGGGGAGGAUGAUUGUAA